CUUCUGACGAUAGAAGACCUUGAGAAGAGGGAGAUAAGAGGACUGAAAUACCUAAAAUUUAGAGGGUGAAGGCACAUUUAUCUGGAAGCCAGACAGUAGGCAUGAAGCUUUUCCUUCUUCUGACUCUCUUUGGAGGGGCAGCUGCAGUUGCCCUGAGGGAAGAUAACAAGAUUGUUGGAGGCUAUGAGUGUCCAAAGAAUUCUGUGCCCCACCAAGUGUCUCUCUUCACUGGGUACAACAUGUGUGGCGGGACUCUUCUGGCCGAUGAGUGGGUGCUCUCUGCUGCACACUGCAAAACAAAGUCAGACGUAGAAGUUCGGCUGGGAGAGCACGACAUCUUUGAACCUGAGGGGACUGAACAGCACAUUAUGGCUUCCAAGUUUAUUCCCCACCCUGACUACAACUCCCGCACACAGGACAGUGACAUCAUGCUGAUCAAACUGAGUCGACCUGCCACUCUGAACAGCUACGUACGCCCUGCUACAGUCCCUUCAAAGUGUGCCAGUGAUGGGACAAUUUGUCAAAUCUCUGGAUGGGGGAGUCUUCGUCCCAGCAAUGAGGGCUCAAGGUACCCUCAUAAGUUGCAGUGCCUGGAUGUCCCUCUCCUGAGUGAUGACACAUGCUUUAAUUCAUAUCCUUUCCAAAUCACUGAAAACAUGAUCUGUGCUGGCUAUCUGGAGGGAGGGAAGGACUCCUGUCAGGGUGACUCCGGGGGUCCCAUGAUGUGUGACGGAGAACUCCAGGGAGUUGUGUCUUGGGGGCAUGGCUGCGCUCAGAAGAAAAAGCCUGGGGUGUACACAAAAGUUUGCAAUUACAUCUCCUGGAUCAAGAACACCAUGGCGUCUGGCUGAGCAGCACGUAUAUCAACGAAU